CUCUGUGGCUGCUACUUCUGCUUCUUCCGCCGCUGCCGAGCCGUUGCGUCGCACAGUCUCUCUCUGUCAUUCCUUGCGUCGCACGAGAUCCCUCCGCCGCCGCUGUCAUCACAUCUACUCCCAUGGUCGUAGAGCUCUCUCUGCCGCCGCUUUCAUCGCAUAUGCUCCCUCUGGCGCCUCUUCUAUCUAAUCUCAACUCGCUCUCUCAGUUCUUCUUGUAACCAUCUCAAUUUUCAGAGUCUGCCAUGUCCACCGGCACCGACUCCGCCAAGCACGCCUCACCCGACGAUAUCAACUCCAACUCCUUCGCUCCCGAUCACUACAUGAACCUCAUGGUUCACAAGUCCAAUUUGGAAGGGCUGCUUCUGCGCCACGUUGAGCUGGCUGCUGAAAUCAAGAAUCUUGACACUGACUUGUAAAUGCUGGUUUACAAGAACUAUAACAAGUUCAUCAGUGCUACUGAUACUAUAAAGAGGAUGAAAAGUAACAUUUCCGGGAUGGAGACAAACAUGGAGCAGCUUCUUGAGAAGAUAAUGUCUGUGCAGUCAAGGAGUGACAGCGUUAACACUUCUCUUUUUGACAAAAGGGAGCACAUAGAGAAGCUGCAUCCUACUUGCAAUCUUCUCCGUAAAGUUCAGUUCAUAUAUGAUUUUCCUGAUAGACUUAACAAGUGCAUCAAAUCGGAAGCUUAUGCAGAUGCAUUUAGGUUUUACACUGGAGCAAUUCCAAUUUUAAUGGCAUAUGGAGAUUCAUCUUUCCGGGAUUGCAAGCUAGCCUCUGAGGAAGCAAUGGCUACAAUAGUAAAAAACUUGCAGGGGAAGCUAUUUUCAAAUUCUGAAUCAAUACAAAAGAGAGCUGAAGCUACAUUGCUCCUUAAGCAGUUGGAAUAUCCGGCUAAAGAAUGUAGCUUCAAGAAUUGGCUUCUUUGUACAGAGAAAUUUUUCGAAAAGAAUGAUUUAUCUAAAUCAACAUGUGUGUUUACAAUUCCAAUAGAGAUUCACUAAUUAACAAACAAGAAC